UUGGUGUUUCUCCAGAAGUUUCCCCCUUGGGCGGCGGCGGUGCUGGUAACCUCGGUAGGAGAAGCUCCAGCAGCGGUAACAGUGACUAUUAGAGAUGGCGGCGGGUGCUGCGGAACCUGCAGCAGCCCAGAGGUUUUUCCGGAGCUUUUCAGAUGCUCUGAUCGACGAGGACCCCCAGGCGGCGUUGGAGGAGCUGACCGAGGCUCUGGAGCAGAAACCAGAUGAUGCACAGUAUUUCUGUCAAAGAGCUUAUUGUCACAUUCUUCUUGGGAAUUACCGUGAUGCUGUUGCAGAUGCAAAGAAAUCUCUUGAACUUAAUCCAAAUAGUUCCAUUGCUCUGCUGAGAAAGGGGAUAUGUGAAUACCAUGAAAAAAACUAUGCUGCUGCUCUAGAAGCUUUUACAGAAGGACAGAAAUUAGAUGGUGCAGAUGCUGAUUUCAUUGUCUGGAUUAAAAGGUGUCAAGAAGCUCAGAAUGGAUCACAGCCCAAGGUGUCUGCAUCCCAGAGGACUUAUCAGUCAAAAAUCAAGUAUGACUGGUAUCAAACAGAAUCUCAAGUAAUCAUUACACUUAUGAUCAAGAAUGUUCAGAAGAAUGAUGUAAAUGUGGAAUUUUCAGAAAAAGAGUUGUCCGCAUUGGUGAAACUUCCUUCUGGAGAGGAUUAUAAUUUGAAGCUGAGACUUCUUCACCCUAUAAUACCAGAACAGAGCACAUUUAAAGUACUUCCAACAAAGAUUGAAAUUAAAAUGAAAAAGCCAGAGGCUGUGAGAUGGGAAAAGCUAGAAGGGCAAGGAGAUGUGCCUAACCCCAGACAGUUCAUAACAGAUGUAAAGAACCUGUAUCCAUCAUCAUCUCAUUAUACAAGAAAUUGGGAUAAAUUGGUUGGUGAGAUCAAAGAAGAAGAAAAGAAUGAGAAGUUGGAGGGAGAUGCAGCUUUAAACAAAUUAUUUCAGCAGAUCUAUUCAGAUGGUUCUGAUGAAGUGAAACGUGCCAUGAACAAAUCAUUUAUGGAGUCUGGUGGUACAGUUUUGAGUACCAACUGGUCUGAUGUAGGUAAAAGGAAAGUUGAAAUCAAUCCUCCUGAUGAUAUGGAAUGGAAAAAGUACUGAAUAAAUUAAUUUGCUAUCACUGUAUUGCGUAUAUUCAGCUAACGCCCAUUGUGUACUAAUACUGCAUUCUUGAAUUUUGAACACUGAGUACAUCUUUUUAAAGGAUUAUACCUCUUUACCUCUUUGUGCUUUAGAAAUUAUUUUCCUUCAAGUGUUCUAAGAGUCUAAUGAAGAAUGAAAGUCAUGUUUUAUCACUUUUAUCCUUAAGGACUUCAGAUAUGCUGAAACGGAAUGAAGUAUCAUUUGCUACUAGUUAGAUUAAUUCUACCUAGUUGGGGGAGUGGAGAAAUUGUUAAUGGGAUAUCUUGGGUUAUUGCCUUAUGUUUGAUGCAGUAUUCUGUUAAUAAUUUAUUAGACGUGGCAACUUUGGGUGAGCAUAGAUUUCUCAAUUUCAGUGUUAUAUUGUUUGCUUUUAAAAACUGCUUUUGAAUGGAGUUGUAAAUACAAUUUUUCUAUGAAGAAGUUUGGUUUAUUUACCUUUUUCUUAAGUUUUUAAUGAAAACUUUGAGAAAUUAUUUAUCACAGGGGAUUCCCAUUUGAUUAUUUUUAUGGGAAGUAUUUGUAAUUGCACUGAGAAUUUUGGUCCUUACCCUUCAAAUUCCUGUAUAAAACAUUGACACCUGAGUUUAUCAUGCUGCAAAUUUAACUGUACUGAAGGCUAAUCUGUGAAGCAGGGUCAAACAGUAAUUUAGGAGAGCCCAACUCCACUUCUUGCUGCUUUUGCCACAGAAGGAUUCCUGAAAUUACAAGACUGGUGGUUUGGUUUGGUUUUUUUUCUUCUUUUUUUCUUUAUUAGAAAAUCUCUCUUCUUAUAGCCUCAUGAUUACUUUGCUUUUGGUGGUUUAGGGCAGCUACUGAGAGAGUAAUAUGUAUACAUUUAGUAUCUAUUCUGUUUAUAGAAUAAAUAGAAACCAUGGGAAUACAAAAACUAAAAGACAUGAUCGUUGACUUGAAAGACUUUAUAAUCUAGCAGAGAGAGAAAAUUAACAUUCAGGAAGGAAUUAUGAAUGGUUGAAUGGUGAACUUAUUACAAAUACAGUUUUGAGAUAGAAAAAAUACCUAUCUGUGAUUAAAUGUUCUGUGAUUAAAACUACUGACAGUCUAAGCUGUUAUAAAGCAAAGGCCAUGGAUGACCUGUAGGUCUGAUUCCUUUUCUCAUUGUAAUUUUGGAGCCAUAGAGGGUGGUGUCUAUUAGGUCUCACUAACAUUUUGUGGCAAGGAAGUACUCUUAUACGCUCAUAGCUGAGGAUAGGGUAAAUGGGGGGCAAAUUAGCCGCCAUCUCCAAAAAGAGUGGGAAUUCAGCCUCUUCCUUCUAGUCAUUUGACAUGUGUAGGGGAGUCCAUAAGGAAAAAGUGGUGGGGUGAUACCAGACCGUGCCCAGACCUGCUGUUACUGCUUGUUUAUGCAUGUAGGGGUCUUCACUUGCCCUUCUGCCCGCUUAGAGUUACAGGCUGCUUUUUUUUAUCUUGAACACUGAAGGAAAAGGCAAAAUUAAGUUCUCGCAUGUAUGAAUUUCUAUAAUUUUCUCCUUAGGAAACAAGAUAGUGAUUAUGUUAAGUUUUCUCAGUACCAUUAGUCCCCGGGGGUAGGGAGGCUCUUGCUACAGAGAUGGUAAAUCAGGGGCGUACCCCAGAGACAAGACUCCUGGCUCUAGCAAGUCUCUGCCACCCACUAGCUUUAAAAUCUUUAACAGGUUUACAGCCUUCCUAUGUUUUAUUAGUUCCUUUAUCUGCAAAUCCAUAGGGUCUUAAAGUGUAAUUCAAAGUCCAUGAUUCUAAAUAAGGAAGCAUUUUUGCCUCUUAAAAGCAACUUUGUUCUUUCUUAGGAAUGACACUAUUAUAAUAGAAGUUGAGUUUUUUUUAAAAGGUUCUAGUACUAGUUUUGCUUUUAUUUUAAAGGAUACACUGUCUAAAGUGUGUUUAUCUGUUGGCUAGAUUUGCUUAAGGAUGUCGGAUUCAGGAUUUUGCCGAGCCAAAUGGAGUUCCUAAUAUACAUGACUAUGUUAUAUUACAAUGUUACCUUGUCUAAAUACAAUAGGUUUAUGGGUAAAGGAGGGAAUUUUGAGAAGUAGGUUAGACUGCUUGCCCUAAAGUACCACUCUAAAGUACUGCUUCUCUUUCACCAUUCUAGACAGUGAAAAAUUGUAAGACUCCAGAAAGUUAAAAAACUUCAUUUUGAGCCUUUAUCUUUAUUCUCUGUUAUCUCAGCUUGGCUAUUAAUUGGUCCCACUUUCUUUCUAGACUCCCAUUUCCUUCCUUCCUCCCUCCCUCCCUCCCUCCCGCCUUCCUUGCCCUCUUCCCCCACAUGGCUUUCAGGAUCUCAGUUCCCCCACCAAGGAUUGAACCCGGGUCAUGGCAGUGAAAGCCCAGAAUCCUAAGUGCUAGGCCACCAGGGAACUCCCUAGACUCCCAUUUUCAGUUCUCAAAUCUUGAUUCUCUUUGUGCUCUAGUUACCCUUUUGUUUCUUUAGAAUGUACAUUUUUCUCUUAGUAUUUAUUUUCCUUCUUGAGGUUCAGUCUUGGAAUAUAUUUUUUUCUAUCUUUAUGGAAGAAAAGGAUGGUUUGCACUAAUAACUACAGUUGUCCCGCACCCCGUCCCCACCCCCAGCAUUUCCAUUCCUUUGAUCUGAGAUAUUCACUAAAUGCAGAACAUUGAAUUGUUAUUGUCUCCUUGAGUCUGGAAAAACUUUUAUUUUCUUAGCAGGCUAACUAUAUAGGACAGGGAGAAAAUAAUUGACCUGUCCUAGAUAAAUUUUUUAGAUAAAUUUCAAAUAAACAUUUAAAAUGAGGCUAUGGGCUUCCCUCGUGGCGCAGUGGUUAAGAAUCCGCCUGCCAAUGCAGGGGACACGGGUUUGAGCCCUGGUCCGGGAAGAUCCCACAUGCCUCAGAGCAACUAAGCCCUUGCACCACAACUACUGAGCCUGUGCUCUAGAGCCCGGGAGCCACAACUGCUGAAUCCCGCACGCCUAGAGCCCAUGCUCUGCAACAAGAGAAGCCACCACAAUGAGAAGCCUGCGCACCGCAAUGAAGAGUAGCCCCUGCUCACCACAAAUAGAGAAAGCCUGCACGCAGCAACAAAGUCCCAGUGCAGCCAAAAAUUAAUUAAUUAAUUAAUUAAUUAAAAAUAAAAUGAAGCUAUGUCACUAUGCUAUUAUGAAUAGUUUAGAUAGACAUUUUAGUUCACUACUGAAAUGUGUUUUGGCUAUCCUUUCCCAUUUUACCUUCCUUUUCUCCUUCCCCAAUUAUCUACAUAUCAGAUUAGGUCAUUGAUCUGAGAAAUACAUCACUGACCCAGAGCAGUAUUGCCUAUUAAUUGACCAUCUGAUCUGCUUAGUGCACUUUAAUUUUACUGCCAUCUUCCUUGUCCAGGUUAGUGUGCAUGUCUCUCUGACUUGUAGCUAUUACUUAUAUUUCCAGAAAUAGGUAGAACUUCCCUGGGUGUUUUGUGGUGUUUGUUACUAGAGCCACUUUUUUUUUUUGUAACCAGCUAGCUGUAAAGAAGUUUACCUUUACACUCUUACCUGCUAUUUUAGCUCCAUAUUUUAGCAUCCAUAAAAGAAUAUGGAUAUCUUUUAUCUCUGCCUUGGAGGAACCAAGGAGAGGAAAUAAUAGAAGCUAAAAGGACAAAAUAAUGAUUUCUGUGCCAGGAAGGGUCAUGUGUAGUUUUAAAUAAGGGGGAUCGUCAACAUUGAUCUGGUUUCUUUUGUCUCCAACCAUGCAUAUGCUAUUGUAAAACCAUUUUACACAUAUCAAGAGAUUUUAUUUUGGAAACAUUGGGUACUUGUGGGUAAAUUGGAGAUACUGCUUUACUCAAAAGUGUUACUGUUUGGUGCCACAUUUGUGAUUUGCUUCUGAAAUUAAUUUAACUCUUAGCCUCUCUUCCUACCUCAGUAAACUUAUCCCCCAAAUCAGCUAAAAUCAUACACAUUGCUAGCCCAUGCGGGCAAUAACAGUGAUAACUAUUCUGUACUAGUGCUUUUUAUGGGCCAGGUGUGCUUUAUAUAUAUGUACUACCUCGUUUAUAACAGCCUUGUGAGGUAAUGAUAGCAUCCUGUCAUUUCAGAUCAGAAAAAUGAGGCCCAAGUUAAGUUCUUUGCCUAGUUCAGUCCACUGAUAAGUGAUGGACCUGGGAUUUGAACAGAGGCCUGUCAGAAUUCAGUUCCCAUGCUUUUAACAACUGAAUGAAUUGGGUGGACGAGUGAUUUUUAUUAAUCAGCUGUCUCACAGUGAAGCAGAGGAUGUGCAAGUUGAAUUUUUUAAUUCUUGUACGUGAGCUGGGAAGUACAUUUCUUAAAGAUCAGAAUAUUAUCAUCAGUUUCAUAAGUAGGAAAGCUUAUUAGGAGUCCAAAUCUCUUGCCUCUUGUAGAGAUAAUACAAGCAAGUAGUCUUGACUUGUGUUGAAGGUUUUGUUUUUCUCAAAUGCAGAUAAUUACAGAGAAACAAGAUACGCUUAGAACUGUUACAGGUGAAAGAAUACUGGCACACCAUCCUGAUCAAGUUCUUGUUCUUUAAACUUGGGAGCUCUCACACUAGUUUUCCUUGUUAAAAUGCUAAAAUUGUUUCAAGGUUUGUUUUUUCCUAUCUAGAUAUGUGUAUUAGGAUCAGUGUAUCACUGAUUUCUUCAAUAAAAUUGGAAUGAUUCAGGUUUAGUCCCUUUGUUCCGAUCAUGUUAGCAUUUUAUAUAUAUUCUGAAUUUUGCCUUGUCUGGAGUCUUCUAAAUGUUACCUUUGCUGUGCCUUCAAAUUUGAUUUUUUAAUUCUUUUGCAUUGAGACUUCUCAUACAUAUCUUGUUGACUUUAUUUUCUCUUAUAGGAUUCAGUUAUACAAAAGAUGUUUCAAAAACAGUACUGUUGGCCCAAAAGCAAUUUUUACUUAUCAAAAAGGAGUAAGGAGGAUCAUCUUCAUUGCUUGUAUACGAGCUUUUAAAAACCAUGCUCUACAGUGCAACUACAAAAGCUCUAAAUAAUAGUAAACUGUUAUACAUACUGUGUGCUUGAUGCUCUUUUUAAGUGCAUUAAAAGGCAAUAUCGCAUAGUAGUUAAACGCUGGACUCCGAAGACAGCCUGCUUGAGAUCCGUCCUGGCUACACUGCUUACUAGCUGUGUGACAGUGGGCAGGUAGUUAAUGUCUCUGUGCCUCAACUUUCCUAUCUAAAUUGGGCUAAUAUACCCACCUCAUGGACAUAUAUGAGUUGAAUGUGUUAAUACAGUUCUACAAUUAUUUAUCCUAAUCCAGAGGGCUCUAAAAACUAGAUUGUGUGUGUAUGUGUGAUUCAGUGGUUAAAAAAAACAAAAACCUGUCCUAAACUUGCAAUUUGAAUAGUCAUAUAUUUUGCUGCAGAAAUAUUAAUUUGUUUAAUAACAGUGCUACCACAGAUCCUGCUGAGGUUGUUAAAAAAUCAAUAAUAUAUCUGUACUGCAUUCUAAAAUUCAAAAUCCUGAAUUCAGAAACGCAUCUGGCUCCAGAGUUUUUGAAUAGAGUUACAUGUACCUGUAUAUGUAAAGUGCAGAGAGCAGUGAUUAAUGUAUAUGCAUUUAAGCUGCAAGGUUUAAAUACUGUAGUAAGCCUUUUUGUUCUAAGUUCAGUCCUUCAAGAUUCAGGAUUCCGUCUGAGGAAAGUAUAUCAGCUGCUUAACAAUCAUUAGUAUCAUUUUAAAAAAAUUAUAGUGAGAGCAUAAAAGUUCGCAGAAAAGCUUUUAUUUUGAAUGAGUAGUUAUUUUAAUUUACUUCAGCAGAGCUUAAAUAUGCAAGUAUUGUCAGCAGUACUUUAGAAAGAAUCAUAAAGUAGGAACUUCCUUGGUGGCACAGUGGUUAAGAAUCCACCUGCCGAUGCAGGGGACACGGGUUCGAGCCCUGGUCCGGGAAGAUCCCAUAUGCCACGGAGCAACUAAGCCCGUGCACCACAACUACUGAGCCCGUGCUCUAGAGCCCAUGUGCCACAACUACUGAAGCCCGUGCACAGCAACGAAGAGUAGCCCCCACUCGCUGCAGCUAGAGAAAGCCCGCAAGCAGCAACGAAGACCUAAUGCAGGCAUAAAAUAAGUUAAUUAAUUUUAAAAAAAGGAAUCAUCAAGUAUAGUGGUGCCAGAACACACAAACUAUAUGUAGAAUGUUAAGGGACUUCCUUUCAGAAGUUCUUUGAUUUUAAUUCCAUUUUAAUUUAAAUUCAAGACAGUAAAACUAUUAGGGCUUAUAAAAACAAGUUGCAAAAUCAUGCCACUUGUAAACCACAGAUUCUGUCCUGUUACUUCCAUCAGUGUAGUGAAACUGAUAGUUGUUUUUUUUUUUUUUUUUUUUUUUUUUCUUUUUUGUGGUAUGCAGGCCUCCCUCCGUUGUGGCCUCUCCCGUUGCGGAGCACAGGCUCCGGACGCACAAGCCCAGCGGCCAUGGCCCACGGGCCCAGCCGCUCCGCGGCACGUGGGAUCCUCCCAGACCGGGGCGCGAACCCAGUUCCCCUGCAUCGGCAGGCGGACGCGCAACCACUGCGCCACCAGGGAAGCCCCGAUAGUUGUUUUUUUACAAGAGUUAGUUCAUCAGUCUAUUCCCUCUCUACCCUGUUCCCUGCCCCUCAGACAAUCAGUGGGGAGCAAAAAGUAUGUGUAGUCCUUUGUAUAUAGACACUAGUACUAUAGACUCAAGUUUGGGGGUCUUCUCUCCCAACUGCCACUUUUUGUCACUCAUUUGUACUCUAACAUUGACCUUUUCUGUGACCUAAUUGACUACAAAUGAACACUUUCCUAAGCUAGCUUAACUUAGUGCCUGCGAAAUAUGCUAAGAAAUUGAAUGUAUUUCCUUGGAAUUACUACUUACUACUUUGCUAUUUAUUAGUUGCAAAAUGAUCAGUUUACUUCGACUACCACAGAGGUAAUGGUCUCAUAGCAGAAAGGACACUAACACGUGAAUUUGGAAUCUUAAAAUCCCAGUUUUGGUAUGUUAAUAAUGGUGUGUUUUGAGGACAAGUGACUUAACCCUUCUGAACUAUUUUUCUCAUCUCUAACACUAGAUGAUGAUUACCUGUCAGGAUUGUGAGGACUUAACUAAGUCCUGACUCAAAAGUAUGUGACCAAUAAUUGUCACUUAAGUAUAUAUAAAGUCCUUGAUUUUUUUUCUCAGUGCUGUUGAGUAGUAGAAUUCCUAAAAGGAAGGUAACAAAUCUGACUUAGCUGCUAUUCAAGGGCAGCCUCAGCCGUUUUUUUAGCUGUAUCUGUCACUGCUUCACUGUGUACUUAAGCUCCAGGCACACAGGAACAGUCUAGGGGUUUGCAUACUUUUUAUGUAAAGGGCCAUAUAAUGAAUAUUUUAGGCUUUGUGUGGCACAUAAAGACUCUGUUGCAUGUUCUUCUUUUUAGUUUGCAGACCUCUGCUCUGUCUGAAUAUCCCAUGUAUUUUUAUUCCUUCUUCCAUCCGACCUGGAAAGCUUCAGUUUCCUAUUGAUGUGUCAAAACUAAGUUCAUAUGCCACCUCCAGGAAAGCUGUUUAAUCUUGUGCUACUCUGUCAAUGACUGGCUUUGUAGCAGUUGGGUUGGGUUAUUUGCUUAUGGUUGAGGCACCCAUUAGAUCCUUCGAUAGAAUCAAACCAAAAAUCACAGUGUCCUGUGAGCACGCUUGAGAGUUUGAUCUGUUCAUUAUCAAGUCACUACAGUUGACUCAUUUCUUCCCUUGUGACUGAGUUGCUUUGGGGAGGGUCGAGGGGGCUGGCUUUGAACUUUGUACCUGCAGUACCUGGUGCAUAGAGAAUAAGCUUUCAGAAUUUGGUAGAUGGUCUUAACGCUGCACAGAGGAAUGCCCUUAUUUUCUUCUCUUCAUUCUGGUAAGUGUCCUCAGUUAGAAUACUCUUGUUAAAUCCCCCCUUCCAUCCCCUCCGCCGUGUUGUGGUGGAGGUGCCUUGCUGAUGCGUCUGUUAAGGCACCGCUCAGAGUUUCACGGAUUUUAGGGUUAGUUGCAUGGUGUCUUUUUUACCCUGUGUGUCCCACUUCAUUACGUUGUUAUUUACUUAUUUUUGGAUCUUUGAUGCCGAGCACAGUGCCUUUCACGUAGUAGAUAUUCAAGUAUUGAAACUGUUGUUGCACACUAACCCAAAGAAAUAGUUUUAAAAACUGUACUUUGUUUAUAAUAUGUGCCCUUGAAAUUAUUUAUUCAUCAAUAUAGAUAGAAUAGUAACUUUAAAAUAGAUAUUUAACCCCUGGUCAUGAGAGCUAAAUCUAAUUUGUUCUUCAGUUAUCUACAUCACUAGAGGGAAUAGCAAUUAUAUAACUAAUCAAAAGCCAUGUGAUACGUAGUUUUUUGUGUUGCCAUUUAAUUUUCAGAUUCCUUUUAUUCCCCCCUGAUUGUUUUAAAACCAAAAUAUAUGUGUUUCCUUAAGGAAAGGACUGAAGUUUACUUUCUAAUUAGGUUAGUCAUGCUUUGAGAAGAAAUUCUGAGCCCAGGGAACUUGGGUAAAGGAGGCCAGAGUUUUACAAACCCCGGAAUUGGUUUGGACAUAUGCACAGGUCUGGAAACUAAGAGUGAGUCGAGUAGCUUCAUUUAUAAGCAUACCAACUUCUGGAGGCAAAAAUUUAGACUGCCUACUAGUACAGUUUUCUUCUGGAAAACCCCCAAAGAAAUUUUGAGCUACUGAAUACUACAUGAACCUCUUCGGUGAGUGUUACGUACUUUAUUUUUUUAACAGUAUUAAUACCUUUGCCUUCUUUCAAAAGCCAUAUACUUUUUUUCUUGGAUUGGGUUUUCACUUUAAUAUUGGUCAUAGAAUAAUAUAUAGAAUAAUAUAGAUAAGUGACAAAUACAUGUUCAUGGUAUCAUACCCAUUCAUUCAUUCAUCAACGUUGAGUGCAAGGUAUGUGCCAGACACUGUUCUGGACGCUAGGGAUACACUGGUGAACAGAUUCCCUGCACUUAUGAAGCCUAACUUACAGGGGAGAUAAGCAGAAUGUAUGUUAAAUGAUGUUAAGUGCUAAGGGAGAAAACUGCACGUGCGAAGAGGCCCGUAGGCGGUUGAAAUUUGAGAUAGGAGACCAAUUGAGAACUCAGGGAGCCGACCUGAACUCAGUGCAGACUCGAAGGAAGCAGAGGGGGUGGUGGAGACUUCCGAGAAGGAGCAGCAGAUGUGCAGGCCUCGGUGCGUGCGGGACGCGAGGGAGGCUGUGGGGCUGGGCCGAGCUGCUGAGGAUAUGGAUGAGUGAGUGGAGGCCACGGGGGCCUCAGUUACUAAGGCCUUGCAGGUGGUGGAGGCGACGUGAUGGUAGCCAGUGCCAGGGCUUGCCCCAGCUUAAUUUGGGAUCCUGUUGUCCUCGGUGCUGCAAAAUUUUACUGGUUAUCGUUCUUUUUAAAAAUGUUCUGAUUUUUAUCAAGUGUACAUACAGUCGAAUCAAAUUUAGUGUAUAGAUCUAGCGGGGAUUGCAGUGGAGUUUUGCUCUGAACACCUGAUGGUAUUGACGUGAAUGAAUUUGAGUUACGGUAUAUGACUCAGUGGGUAUAUGCGAAGGCCUCAGGUUCAGUACUUCACUGAAAUAUUUAUUUCUGUUCUUUUAACACAUUAAAUUACAGAUAAUGUCACAUUUUAGUGUAAUCUGUGUUUAGCAAAGCUGUUUCCUGUUCUGGAAUAUAAGUAUGGUUAUAGCGUACUAGAUGCUGAGACAAAAUUGGAUUAAGGAGAAUGAUUGGUUGUGAACAGGGACUUAAUGAGUGUGGCAUAGGAUUUUAUGUUUAAUAGAAUUGUCAAAAUCAGAUCAGCAGGCAUGUUUUUAUGGGCCGUCUGCCAAGACUACAAGUCGUUUUGGUACCUGUACUCCCUGAAACAUGUAUUUGCAUUCCAUUCCUUGUCAACGUGAGACAAAACAAAGAAAAAUAAAAUGAGAAUUUUAGAGCUGGAAUGAAUCUUAAGUACUGUCUGGUUUUACAAAUGCAUUUUUUUCCAGAGCACUCUCAUACACUUUUUUCUUCAUAGGAGUUCUUUAACUCACACAGAUAGUUAGUUGGUGAUAGAAUCAGAAUUUAACUUGGAUAAAACUUAAAUUAUUUACCCCAAUAGUGUACUGAUCUUCUGACAGUUGUCCCAAAUAUCAGGCAACUAAAAAUUCCAGCAUUGGGAAGAUAUUCUGUAUAAGGUAGUGGUUCUCAAGCUUGAGGGUGAGUGACCCUCACCUGGGAAGCUUGUUUUUUUUAAAAUGUAGGCUUUCUCUGUUUCCUUCCUGAGAUUUUGAAUCAGUAGGUUUGUGAUAGGGCCCAGUAAAGCUGUGUUUAUCAUGACCUGGUGACUUUGAAGUAUGUGACCUGGGACCUUGCCCUUAAAAAAAAUGAUUUCACGGAGUAAAGGUGAGAGAGAAUUAAAAAGUGAGGUUAUUAGCGCUAAUCAUCCCUGAUGUCUUAUUUCUGAAAAAUUUUAGAAAAAAAUAAAAAGCUACUUGAGAUCUUGUUCUUUUGAAGAAUUUGUUUUCCUCUUACAUAGAUGUAAAGGCAGAGGUGAGAUGCUUAAUGAUUAUUUUUGUUCCUCUGUCAUCAGAACCUUAGGGUCAUUAUGAUACAAGUCAUUGAAUCCAUAUAACCACAAUGAUACACCACAUGGUGAAAGAAAGUCUUUUUCAGUGAAAGUGAAACAAAUUGAGACUAUUUGGACAAGAUGCAAGUUGGUCAUUGCUGAGAUAUUGCUAAAACUGAGCAGAGAAUAUUAGAAUAGUCAAUAUUCAUGGAGUAUAUAUGGAAUAUGAUAGUACUGAUUGAUAAUAAGGCACUGUUUCUUUAGCAACUGGAAUAUUCUCAGAUGUUGCCUGAUUACACCAAGGUGCUCAGUGAAUUAAAAAUUAUGGUGGUGCUGGUGGAUUAAGUAGAGUAGAAUAUGUUAGGGAGAUCUUUCUGGAGUGGAGAUCUUUUUCACUAUGUAGUCGUAUAGUUACCUUAGUAACUAAUAGGCAGGAAUAUGGUUUUAAUUGAAAAGAAACCACUUGCCUUUAAAAGCAUAAUGUCCUAGAUGAAUGGAUAAAGAAGAUGUGGCACAUAUAUACAAUGGAAUAUUAUUCAGCCAUAAAAAGAAACGAAAUUGAAUUGUUUGUAGUGAGGUGGAUGGACUGGGAGUCUGUCAUACAGAGUCAAGUAGGUCAGAAAAAGAAAAACAAAUACCAUAUGCUAACACAUAUAUAUGGAAUCUUAAAAAAAAAAAGGUUCUGAAAAACCUAGAGGGCAGGACAGGAAUAAAGAUGCAGACGUAGAGAAUGGACUUGAGGACGUGGGGAGGGGGAAGGGUAAGCUGGGAUGAAGUGAGAGAGUGGCGUGGACAUAUAAACACUACCAAACGUAAAAUAGCUAGUGGGAAGCAGCCACAUAGCACAUGGAGAACAGCUCAGUGCUUUGUGACCACCUGGAGGGGUGGGACAGGGAGGGUGGGAGGGAGAAGACACAAGAGGGAGGAGAUAUGGGGAUGUAUGUAUACGGUAUAGCUGAUUCACUUUGUUAAAGCAGAAACUAACACACCCUUGUAAAGCAAUUAUACUCCAAUAAAGAUGUUAAAAAAAAAAACAA